AUGGCAACUGCUAAAAGACCCUACUUCGGCCUCACUGGAGGAUGGCUUACCUUUUGGGUCACGGUUGCGUGUUCGAUCGACAUGAUGUUAUUCGGGUAUGACCAGGGCGUCUUCAGUGGCGUGGUCGUAACCCCCGACUUCCUCGAAUUGCACGACUUGGUGGGUCCCACCAGAACCAAAAUUCUCUCUACAGUAACGGCCAUCUACGAUGUUGGCUGCUUUUUGGGUGCCAUUCUUGCCUUUACUCUGGGUGAGCGCCUGGGCCGCAAGAAGAGUAUUCUCCUGGGAACCACAAUCAUGGCAGUUGGGACCGUUCUGCAAGCUUCCUCCUUCAGGCUACCCCAGAUGUUCGUUGGGAGGGUCAUCUUAGGGGUUGGAAACGGCGUCAACACCGCCACUGCACCCAUCUGGCAAACCGAAACGGCACAGAUGAAAUGGAGAGGCAAACUGGUGAUCCUAGAACUAGGACUGAACGUUGGUGGGUAUUGCAUUGUCAAUUGGAUUAAUUACGGCCUCUCUUUCCGUGGGGGCUCCAUCGCAUGGAGGUUACCCAUUGCCUUGCAGCUGUUCUUCAUCUGCGCUUUGUUUGCCACAGUUCCAUGGCUCCCUGAGUCUCCCAGAUGGCUCCUCGCGCACGGCCGCAAAGAGGAGGGAGUCGAGGUGCUCUCCUGCAUUGAAGCCAAGCCGAUCGACGACGCCUACAUUAUCACUCAGCACGAUGAGAUCCAGUACAGCAUCCAAUACGAGCGUGAUAACGCCAUACGCUGGCGCGACCUCCUGCGUGGGGGGAAAUCAGAGGGCACCAAAACACUACGCCGGCUUCUGCUGGGAGCUGGAACCCAGGCCAUCCAGCAGUUCCAAGGGAUCAAUAUUAUGAGCUACUACCUCCCACUGGUGCUUAUCAAUUCGGUUGGACUCUCCAAUUCUAUGGCUCGACUCCUGACAGCUUGCAAUGCAAUCUCAUACUUUAUCUUCUCCUGCGUGAUCGCCACGAUGGUAGAAAGAUUAGGACGCCGAGGAUUGAUGCUGCUGUCUGGUUUUGGCCAGUUCCUUUCCUUCCUGGUCAUCACCAUUCUUCUUUGUUUCGCUGAGAAUAAUAAGGUGUACGGCACUGCAUCUGUAGCCUUCUUUUUCUUAUACCAUAUUGCAUUCGGAGUUGGCAUGCUGGGAGUGCCAUGGCUGUAUCCCACCGAGAUCAACUCGUUGCCGAUGAGAACAAAGGGAGCGGCCGUUGCCACUGCGACGAACUGGAUUACCAAUUUUGCCAUUGUCGAAAUCACUCCCAUUGGCAUUCAGAAUCUCGGCUGGAAAUUCUGGAUCGUAUGGACCGUCCUCAAUGCAGUAUUUUUACCGGUGAUUUACUUUUUGUACCCAGAGACCGCGAACCGCACGCUGGAAGAUGUGGAUGCCUAUUACCGGACCAACCCGCCGCUCAUUGUCGUUCUUGAUCCGGAUGCUAUCUCCACCAAGCGCCCGCUCAGAUUUACCCAGCACGAAGACGAGGAGCUUCAGCGGAAGGUCAAGGAAGUGCAGAUUGAAAUUCCCAAGGGGGACUCCGCUGACGUGGAGCAUGCUGAAUGA